AUGCACAUUAAAGGACGAUUCCUGGAUUUUGAAUUUCCGCAUGAAAAGUUCCGCUUUUCAGAACUACCGCCCGCUACCAAAUACUUAACUAUUGCAUACGUUUCCUUUUCAUCGGCUCUUUUUAUGGUGAAAUGGCUGUUUUACCAACAUCACCGCAAUCUUUUUGCAUCUAAAGCGGAUUGGGAUCUAAUAACUUCGCCCGUUUUACAACUUGUUCCUUGCGAGACGCUCUGGCAUCCAAUUUCUCUAGUAUUGUCUAACCUGAUAGACGUGAAGUUCUGGAAAUUCGCUGUAAAUCUGCUGAACUUGUACGUGGGAGGUGCUUUCAUUGAACGGAACUGGCAAAGUCCGACUGAAUUGCUUCGAUACACGCUGGAGAUUGGAUCUCUUACCAACCUGGCAAUCGUACUGGUUUCCAUCAUUGCGUCGUUUGCAUUACCCCAGGUGAAGCUUGACCUGCCUCUUGACGGUAGUUACACCAUUUUGGUCGGUUUCCCCAUAGUGUACAAGCAAUUGGUCCCUGAACUCACCCUUUUAAAAACUAAAAACAUUCCAAUUCUAUCCAAAAAUUUCAGAUUCAAGCUGCUACCGAUUUUCGUGCUUUCGGUUACUACGAUCUCUCAAAUAAUAUGGUUUCACCAUUUCUCACAGCUUCUCUCGAUCUGGGUCACCUUUGUCACUUGUUGGGUGUAUCUUCGUUUCUACCAGGUUCUACCACCGGCAAUAGCUGGCACGGAAACCAGUGCUGUUGUAGGAGACGCUUCUGAAACUUUCCAACUCUUAUAUUUUUUCCCAGACAUUGUGAAACCCAUUCUAAGGCCUGUGUUCGAUUUCAGUUAUCACAUCUUUUGCAAUGUACUUAGAUUGAGGCAGCCAUUUCAGGACGAUGAAAUUUACGCCGGGAACGCAUUGGCAGAGGGUCGCGGUGCGAAGAAAGUUGGAGGACGCGUUGAGGAAAGGCGUAAAAGAUUGGCUUUACAAGUGUUAGGUGAACGAUUACAAACAGAGUCUUAA